UCUACUUGGUCUAUUGUCUGAGAAUCCACUACUAUGUCUCCAAUUUGUUUAUCGUUUACUUUAAGUACUUUAGUUUUUUGUUGGUUUAUUUUGAGGCCUAUUCUUUUUCCUACUUCGCUUAAAGCUGUGACCUUUUCUUGCAUAUCCUGUAGUCAGUUUGAUAAUAGGGCUAUGUCAUCAACGAAUUCCAGAUCUUCCAGCUUUUGUGUGAGAGUCCGCUGGAUUCCUUUCCCUGCGUUAGAGUAGGCUUCUUUUGUGACCCAAUCCAAUACUAGAAGGAACAGGAGUGGUGAAAGAAGACAUCCCUGUUUGGCUCCUGUUGUGACUGGAAAUUCCUCUGUCAGCUUGCCACAGUGGGUUACUUGGCAGGUGAAACCAUCAUAAAGGUUCUUGAUUAUGGUUAUUAUUUUAUUGGGGAUCCCAUAAUGUCUCAUUACAGUCCAGAUAGAUUCUCUGUCGACACUAUCAAAAGCUUUUUCAAAGUCGACAAAAGUUGCAUAGAGAGGAGAUUGCCAUUCGACACAUUGUUCUACAAUUAUUCUGAGUGUAGCUAUUUGGUCAGCACAAGAUCUCCCUUUUCUGAAUCCGGCCUGUUCUUCCCUUAGAUUAAUAAAAUCUUACAGAUAAAUGAAUAAAAUUUUCAUCAGCAAUGCAUGAAUAUGUCCUGAUAUUUUUCCUAAUUUCAAACAUGUGAUAGACAGUAACAGAAUUAUUUUAUUUGAUAUAUUAAAAGUGGGGAUACUUGUCAAAAAAAGAGAUUGACAAAGAAGUACUUUUUCAGACUUGAAAGUCUGUAGCUUUUGAACCAUAUGAGAUAAUUGAAUACAAUUUUCAACUUAAAUGCCUGAUCCUCUGUUGAUACUUACUUUAUUUUUAAACCCUAGAUAGUUUAGAAGAAUUUUUUCAGGUACAGAAGAUAAAUUAUGUCGGAAAAAAAAGCUACAAAAAAAAAGUACUUUUUCCUGGUUAAAAGGCUGUAACUUCUUAACUUUUAGAGUAUUCUAGAGAUACUUAAUCUACUGUAUUAGAUCAUUAAGAUCUAGAUCUAGAAAAAUCUACUAGAUCUAUAAUUUCAUAUAGACAAGUGAUAGUUCUAAAUCUAAGAUCAUUAUGCAUUCAGAAAGCUAAAAAUAUAUUGAUAAAAAUAUUUCUAAUUGCACAGAUUUAUAUUGUUAGUCUAGAACUAUUACAAAUGUAAUCAUAGUCAUAUGACUGAUCCAUUUAGCUGGAUCACCAAGUGUUCUUUAGUUGAUGAAAGGAUGCUCGACCUUUACUAAUGCCAGUUCUGGCAUCUGUUCCUGUUCCUAGUUCUUAGACAAACACAAAUACAGCUUAUAGUAUGAAAUAAGCAAGGCAAAAAUGGAUCAUAAAAAUGUCAAUGGAAUUCCUUACAGUAAAAAUGGAAAUGACUAUGUUCUUCUUAAUCAUGUUAAUAAUAGCAAAAAGGAUCCCACUGGAGCCAUUGCUAGAUCAAUGCCUAUUAACAUAAUCAACCCAAGUCCUAAAAAAUAUAGUAAGGGCUUGUAUAAUUUAAGCCCAUUUACUAGUAGUAUUAGUCAGAAAAGCUAUUCCAGUCAAGCUAAAUCUAGUGACUUCCUGAUUGGUAGCUUCAGUCCAGAUAAAACUAGCAGUAACAAGAUUGCCAAUUCCAGUCCAGUUAAAACUAGUAGUUACCAGACUGACAUCACCAAUCCUGACAGAACGAGUGCUGACACUAAUGACAGCACCAGUCCAGUGGAAAAAUGUACUGGCCCUCUUGCAAAUCCAAACUACAUUCCCCAAGGGCAAUGUGUAACAAUUGAUGAACACAAAUCUCAAUCACACAAGCCUUCGGACCUUUAUUACUGGGGUAAUUUAUCAAGGAGUGAGGCAGAAAACAAAUUGAGAGGUUUACCAGAUGGAUCGUUUUUAGUUAGAAACUCCUCCAUUGAAGGGGCCUACACUCUCACCUUCAGGCAUCAAGGUCAAUGUAAGAGCCUCAGGAUCUGGUGUCAAGACAAUCUCUAUGGAAUUAAAAAAGACAAGUGCACAUUUGACUCAUUGACAGAGCUCGUCUAUAACUAUGGAGUUUUCAGUCUGAAAUCAUUUAAUCCUUCAUUGGAUGUUUUUCUGUUGCACCCUGUUAUCAAGAAAAAAGGUUUUAGGUCAGCUGUAUCCAAAUAUGAGGCUCUGAAACUUGUCUGGAAACUCUCUAAACGACGACAGGAAGAAAGAAAAAAACAUGAUGAUCUAGUUCUGAGACAUAAUGAACUUGUACAAAAAAAAAGUUUGCUGACACUGGAACUCAAGGCUCAGAAAGUAGGUCAAGAAAUGUUUGAAACCAUCACCUCACGUGCUGAUCAACUCUUGGAGGAACUUGAUGAGAUAGAGGCUGCUGAUGAAAACAAGAGAAAAAUGUUACAAGAAAAUACAGCUCUGGUCCUACUAAAGCAUGCAGCCAUUGUGGAACGCAUCAAAGUACUUGAAGAGGAAAUUCAACAAAGGGACAAAGAGAUUUCCAACAGUGCUCGUGAGUUAAAUCAACAACUUGCCGCAAUGACGGAGACACAUGAGGAUUGUGAAUAUAUACAGGAUGAACUUAUAGAAUGUGGACUCCAGCCUGACCUUGUCUAUUGCAUUGUGGAUGAGUUAGAGGGAUAUACCUUCCCAACAGAGCAGUGGCUAGUUGACUGUAAUAGAGAAGAGUCUCAUGCUCUCUUAAUGGACAAAGAUUCUGGAACCUUUUUGAUUCGGCCAAAGUAUGACAAUCCAGAGAAACCUUAUGUUUUAUCUAUUAGAAGUUGUGAUCUAGAUGGUUCCCAAGAUGUGAAACACUGCUUCAUCUGUCACCCAGAAGGAAGAGGCUAUGGUUUCAGGGAUGAUGCAGCUGUUUUUGAAUCUCUGGAGGAAUUAGUUGAGAAACAUACUCAGGCCCCCCUGAAAAUUUAUUUUGCAAAUUUACAGACUUGUUUAGCAUUUCCAGUGUUUGGUUCCCAGGCCCAAGAAGUGGCAGAGUUUGAGGGAGAUAUGGAGGAGUUACCUGAUUCACCUGAAGCAGAUUAAGCACAAAGAUAUAUAUGACGUUGAAGUUACACAAAGAUGUAUACAAUGUUAAAGUUACUCAUAUUGUCCCUAAGUGUGCUGUAUUGCAAAUUGAGAUCUGAAAGGUUGAAGUUGAUAUUUUUCACAUAAUACUGAAACCUUUUUUUUUUAAAUAUCUAAUUUUAUGUUUGUUAUCAUAUUACUACUACUAAAACAUCCUUCAUUCGAGGAGCAACUAUGGCUCAUCUCAAUGAAAUGAGAUGAAUGCCUGGGCAUUAGCUUUGUCAGAACAAUGUUGCUCUCACAGCAGUUUCCCUUACAAACUGCCUAAGGGUCGCCAGCUCCUGAUUUUACCUCAGGGUGAUUCCUGAAGCCAAUCCAAUGUUUGGUUAUAGCUGCAAGGCAGCAGAGAUUUGUCAUAAUGCACUCAGCUUUUCAAACUUGUAUCAGAUCUUGACAAAUGUCAACAUUGUUUUGCCUACCAUGUUUCAGUGACACUAUAGAAAGUGUUCUUAUACAAGUAGAAUUUUUUUUUUAUUUUGACAUGUACUUCCUUGUCCAAAUGAGUUUUUAUUCUUGCAUUGUGCCUAAAUAUAAUCAUUUUUUUCUACAUCUAAUUAACUAUUUGCUAAUUUGGGAAACUAUUUGCAUAAAGUUUGUUUGCAAUAUUC